GAGCCUGCUGCGUGCCUGCGCUUGGCGUCGUCGCGUGCGUACGUCCGAGCCGGGUCCGCACUUGGCCGGCAGUCAUCGUGUGUGACCCAAGUCUCUGUCAGUGAUGUAAGCUUCUGUUCGUUUCGAGGACACCACCCCUACCGACAAUGAGCGUGUGCAGCCGAAUUUGUUUAGCUAUUGUUGCAGUAUCAUUGCUUUUUGAUGUGGAAGCACGAAGCAUCGCUAGUGAGCACGAGGACGUUCGUAAAGGUUGCGGUUGGGAACGUACGUCUCCUUACGACGUGGGACACGGAAAGGAUGAAGACGCAGUCAGAUUAGAUUGUCAGCUACGCACUAUCGACGGGAUGCAAAGCGUAAUAGAGAACCUGACACUACCACAGAUAGACAAGGUCCAGUCGCUACGUAUCGAGUGCAGCGACGUGCUUUUCUACGAGAGUAAAGUGUCGGGAGAUGGUCUACCCGAUCACACCGGCCGUGGCUUCCUGUCACAGCUACGUCGCCUCCGAGAGCUCAGCAUCGAGACUUGCAAGAUCCUACAACUGCCACGCGCCGCCUUUUCGUCGCUGAGGGACCUACGAAAUUUGACGGUGCGUACGUACAUCAGGGAGUGGCUUGCGGCGACGGCGCUCGAAUUCGACCAGGAGACCUUCCUCGGCCUGUCAGAACUUCGCAGCCUCGACCUCUCGCACAAUAACAUAUGGAAGCUGCCGGACGCACUCUUUUGCCCACUGUUUUCGCUGUCUCGACUCAAUAUGUCGCACAACAGGUUGCAAGACAUGUUAGAACUGGACUUCUCCGCGUCUGCUGGCAAGACGUGCAGCUUGGUGCUAGAAUUCCUGGACCUCUCCCACAAUGACAUUCCCUGUGUUCCUGACAACGGACUGACAAAUCUCCGUUCGCUACGAGAGCUGUACUUGCAGAACAACGCUAUUACCUCGCUGGGCGACAGCGCUUUCAGUGGAGUAAAUAAACUGCAAGUACUGAAUGCGUCUAGUAACGAGUUGGAGGCGCUUCCUCCCGAGGUGUUCCAGUCUACUCGGGGUCUGCGAGAGAUUUAUUUGAGAAAUAACUCCAUCAGCGUGCUGGCACCGGGGCUGUUAGAGGGACUAGAUCAGUUAACUGUCCUGGACCUGUCGCACAACUACCUCACUUCUUCUUGGAUCAACAGGAAUACUUUCAGCGGGCUCGUUCGUCUCGUCGUGCUUAAUCUAGGUUAUAACAACAUCGCCCGCGUCGAUCCGCACGUUUUCACUGACGUGUACAGUCUACAAGUUCUGAACUUGGAGCACAACGGAAUUGACACGAUAACGGAGGGCGCGUUCAGCGCCCUAAGCAACCUGCACGUGCUCACGCUGAGCCACAACAAACUCGCACACGUCGACUACUACUACUUCAGCGGGCUGUUCGUCGUCAACCAGCUCUACCUGGACAACAACAAGCUGACUGCCAUUCACCAGCGGGCCUUCGAGAACUGCACUCACCUGCAGGACUUAGGACUGAGCAACAAUCUCCUCACGGUGGUUCCUGCCGCCCUCGGUUCGUUCGCCAACAACCCGCUUCUCCGGAUGCUGCGUCUGGACGGGAAUCAGCUGACGGACAUUAGCGGCAUUGUGUCUCAUCUGCCAGGACUGAUAUGGCUGAACGUCUCCAACAACCGUAUCGAGUGGUUCGACUAUUCCUUCGUGCCCCACAGUCUUCAGUGGCUCGACUUGCAUAAGAACAAAUUAAAGGAACUACGAAAUUACUACGAAACUGGCAGUACCCUCCGACUUCUAAUGAUAGAUGCCAGUUUCAACUACAUAACGGAAAUUGGCGAAUCUUCGUUGCCAGACAGUGUGGAAGUCGUGUUCUUAAAUAACAAUCGUAUCACUAGUGUCGCACCGAAUACGUUUAUUAAGAAGACGAAUCUCAGCAGAGUCGUGCUGUAUGCCAACAACAUAGAGAAGAUGGACAUGAGCGCACUGACAGUGAAUCCGUUGCCGGAGGAGAGAGAGCUGCCGCAGUUCUAUAUCGGUGGCAACCCUUUCGUGUGCGACUGCGACAUGGAGUGGCUGCAGCGUAUCAACCAUCUGGGCUACCUGCGCCGGCAUCCCGUAAUACUGGACUUGGACACCAUCGUGUGCACGCUGGUUUUCUCUAGAGGCGUAAAGACGAAGCCACUGAUGGAGGUGGAUCCGUUGCACUUCGUCUGCACGUACGAAAUGCACUGCUUCGCCCUGUGCCACUGCUGCGACUUCGACGCGUGCGACUGCGAGAUGGCUUGCCCCGACAACUGUACGUGUUACCAUGAUACGGCUUGGGCCAGCAACAUCGUCGACUGCGCAAAUGCGGGCUACAAGCACGUGCCGCACAGGAUACCUAUGGACGCGACCGAGAUAUAUCUCGACGGAAACGAUAUCGGGGAAUUGCCGAGUCAUGUCUUCAUCGGCAAGAAAAAACUCGAGGUGUUGUUUCUCAACAACAGCAAUAUCGAAAACAUCAACAACAAGACAUUCAACGGUGUGACGUCUCUGCGGGUGUUGCAUUUGGAGAACAAUCGCAUCCGGGAACUCCACGGUUACGAGUUCGAGAAAAUGAGCACCUUGAACGAACUGUAUCUGGAGAACAACGAGAUCGCGAGUGUGGGCAACGCGACGUUCGCGGACAUGCCGCACCUGGAGGUUCUGCGCCUGGAAGGGAACCGGCUGGAAGACUUCAGGCCGUGGGAGCAGCUGGCGGAGAGCACGCAGACGCGUCUCACGGUGGGCGGCGCGGGCAACGUGUGGCGCUGCGACUGCGAGAGCGCGGCACGCCUCCGCGCCUGGGCGCACCGGGACACGCUCGAGCGCCUCGCGUGCGCCGCGGGGGGCAGCGUGGCCGACGCGCUGCUCCGCUGCGACCGGCCGCGCCGCGGCAACGACGCCGCGCCCUCCUCCGUGGUGCAGCGCGGCCCGGAGGACGCGGACGGGGCGGCCGGCUCGGCCUUCGCCACCUACGCACCUUUCCUCGCCGCCGCCGUCGCCGCGCUCCUGCUCGCCGCCGCCGCCGCCCUGGGCUACCGAUUCCGCCACGAGGUCCGCUUCUGGGCGCACUCGCGCUACGGCGUGCGCCUCUUCGGGACGGCGCCCGCCGCCGACCGCGACGACGACCGAGAGCGACUGUACGACGCCUACAUCGUGUACAGCGUCGGCGACGAGGACUUCGCGGAGCGCCUGCUGGCGGCCGAGCUGGAGCAGCGAGGGUACGCCGUGUGUCUGCACUACCGGGACAUCCAGGUAGACCCCGAGUCGGUGUACCUGGCGGACAGCGUGGCGAGCGCCGCGGAGGCGUCGCGGCGCCUGCUGGUGGUGAUGUCGCGCUGCUUCAUCGACUGCGAGUGGACGCGGCCGGACUUCCGGCGCGCGCUGGGCGCCGUGCUGUCCGCCGAACAGAACCCGGGCCGCCUCGUCGUGCUCGUCAAGUGCGAGCCCAGCCCCGACCUGCGGCCACUGCUGCGCGGCUGCGUGCCCAUCGCGUGGGGCGACCGCCGCUGCUGGGACCGCCUGUGGUACGCCAUGCCCGACCAGCCCGCGCCGUCGGCCCCGCAGCAGCAGCAGCCGCAGCGGCACCCGCACCUGCACGCCCUGCGCCACACGCCGACCACGACGCCGACGCAGUCGACGUACGUGUCGGAGAACUCGUCGCAGCGCACCACCGACCACGAGGAGGAGGACGAGGAGGAGUACGGGCCGGGCCUGCACCGGCACAGCUACAUGCAGAUCGACGACGCCGGUGGCGAGCAGACCGUGCACGUGUACAGCAGCAUCCCGGACACGCUGCCGCUGCGCGCCGUCGGCGCCAACGGCAGGACGUAUUUCGUGUAAGCCGCGCCCCGCCGCGCCGCGCCGCGCUGCGCCGCGCGUUGCGCAUUACACUUCACAGUAUUAUAAACUUUGCAUUUACCUUAUAAAGGACAAAGACUGUGCAUAUGGCGUUGAUCGUCACCCGCGCAUUCGGGGCAGAAACUCUGGUCAUCCCUCUCGCGACUGAGAGUCAAGGUACGUGUGAAAUUGUACGUAAUCGUUCACUGUUACGAAAGUACGUGUACCGUGAAAGUGUCUGUUAUAACGACGAAUUACGAUGUACUUUGCCGUAAGCUACAAUUUGUGUGUGUUUAUUCUAAGUCUUAUAUCUGAAACCAAAUAUUUGUUGUAAGAUUUCGAGAUGUUAGCCUAACAGAAGGUCGUAAACCGAAUACGGGACGGUGCGCGCGAGGUGCAAUCUUUAAUUCGGUGUAAUUUUCCACUACUUUAUUAAAAAUACGUUUUUAUUUCUGUGCGCUUUAGAUAGACUUUAUUUCUCCCGAAAUUUAAAAUACGCGUAAAACUGCAAUUUGCAUUUUGAGAUCGAGAACGAUUUUACCUUCCGUGAGAAUCGUAAUUUUAAACUCGUGUGACUUUUUUGUUAAAUUACCGAUAUCAAAUCUCCGCUUUUAUUUUUAAAAAUUAGACUCGUGUUUGCGCCUCGCUUUCCUUCUGUCAGGCAUCUUGAGAGAAUUAAUGUCGAUGUCCUUAUUUAAUUAUGUGUAAUAAUUUUUUUGCACUGGUACUUGCUUGUAGUUCCCUUCCUGAGGAGACAUCAGUCUACCGUGUAUUAUUUUCUAGUUGUCCUGCUGUAUGCCUGAUGACUGUGAUAACAACUGUACUGACAA